AUGUCUAAUGCUGAGAGUCUAGGUGAUUUCAGACCUAAUGCAUGUUGCAAUGUUCUAUACAAAGUUAUUUCUAAAAUCCUUACCAAUAUAAUCAUCCAUAUCCUCUAUAAGUUGAUUUCUGAAAACCAGUCAGCCUUCAUUUCUAAUAGAUCUAUAGCUUUUAAUAUCAUGCUGGCCCAUGAAAUUGUUAGAAAUUACCAUUCUAACAAAGGUCUCUCUAGAUGUCUUCUUAAUAUAUAUCUUAAAAAGACUUAUGAUUCUGUGUCUUGGGACUUCCAUGAAGAAAUUCUUUUGAACCUUAAUUUUCCUGACAUUACCAUUUCUCUCAUUAUGAACUAUGUGAAAACUCUCAAGUACUCCAUAAACUGGAAUGGAAAUAAUGGAGAAGCUUUCAACUCUGAAAACGAUUUAAGACAAGGGGACCACAUUUCCCUCCUCCACUUUGUGAUUUGCAUGAAUUAUCUCUCUAGAAUGUUGAACUGUCCUAUUAAUUUCUUUGCUGAUUGUUCGAAAAAGUAUAAAACCACUUCUGGUCUUAAUAUUAAUCCCUCUAAAAGUCAGUUGUUUUUCGAUAAUGUGGAGAGGAUAAUUCUGAAAAUCACCAACAUAAUUAACUCCUGGACCACUAAGUUCCUUUCUUAUGCUGUGGUUAUUUUGCCUAAAAGCAUAGUUAAAGAUAUCCAGAGAGUCUGUUCUAAAUUCCUUUGGAAUGGUUCUAAUGAGGGGGAAAGUAAAGCUUUGGUUUCAUGGAAGGAAGUUGUCAAGCUUAAAAAAGAAGAGGGGCUAAACAUUAAUGAUAAUAAUGUGUGGAACAAAGCAGCAAUCAGUAAACAAGCUUGGCAUAUUCUUAAUAGUACUGAUUUUAUGUGGGUGAAGAGUAACAAGAUCAAAAAGGGCAGUUUUUGGAGGGCAAAAACUAACUCAGAUGCUAGCUGGAUGUUGAGAGAAUGCAAAAUUUCCCAGAUUAUUGAUUACAAGAUGAGGGAUGCUGCUGUUAACAAGAAUGCAAAAGUUUCUGAUCUUUGGAGAAACAAUGGAUCAUUCCUGAUCUCAUUGAUGCAGAAACAAAGGAAGCUUGGAGUUUUAUCAGAAAAGGUGGUUCAUAACAAUAGAUUCUCUAUAUCCAAGACUAAGGACAUUUAUAGAGAGCAGCAUGAAGAAGUAGCUUGGCAUAAAAUGGUUUCGGGCAAGAGUUUAGUUCCCAGACACAAUUUUAUUCCCUGGAUUAUCAUGAAGAACAUAUUCAGAACAAAGGAUAGACUUAAGAAAUGGGGGGUUAUUGAUGAAGACCUUUGUGUGCUAUGCCAGAAUGAUAUUGAAACUAGAGAUCACAUCUAUUAUGAGUAUCCUGUUUCUAGAAGCAUUUGGAAUAAAAUCCUGAAUAUUUGCAAUUGUCCUAACAUAAGUAGCUGGAGGAGGAUCAUUAGAUGGUUCUGCAGAAAAGAAAAGCAAAAAACUGCUAAAGCUGCUUUGAGAAGAUAUUUAUUGAUUCUUACAACACAAUGGCUAUCCUAG